AUGUCUGGACGAGGAAAAGGUGGUAAAGGACUCGGCAAAGGGGGCGCUAAGCGUCACCGUAAGGUCCUUCGUGAUAACAUCCAGGGGAUCACCAAACCCGCUAUUCGCCGCUUGGCUCGGCGCGGCGGAGUGAAGCGUAUCUCCGGUCUGAUUUAUGAGGAGACUCGCGGUGUGCUGAAAGUGUUUCUGGAAAAUGUGAUCCGUGACGCCGUCACCUACACUGAGCACGCUAAGAGGAAGACCGUGACUGCUAUGGAUGUGGUGUAUGCUCUGAAGAGACAGGGCCGCACUCUGUACGGCUUCGGCGGUUAAACUCUCAUCAUUCAUUACUGAAAAUCAAAGGCCCUUUUAAGGGCCGCCCACAUACUCUUGGGAGUACUGUAAUUCUUUACAUUUAUUAUUACAUGUAGCGCUUUCCUCUUAAGUAUACCAUAGUCUAUGAUUUAUAGACAACGCCAUUGUUAAAAUUGUUACAGGUGUCAUAGAUCUACGUGAGCCGAAGGAGGCAACAUUAAACACUACAGAUGACCUACGCAGAAAAUAAGACAAUCUUUUACUGGAUUGCAAACUGGGGACACUAAGUGGUUCCGACAUCAAAAGCUUUUAAGAGGAGAAUAUGAAAUACGCACAACUGGCUGACAACGGGGAAUAUACAUGUAAUAAUUGUGCUACUUAAACGAGUAAACGGUGUUUGCACAGGAUAAUUUGUAUCCCGAAGUGGACACCGGAAAGUGCAGAUGAUCGAAAGCUGUGAAUCAUGACUGUGAAACUAAAGACUAAGAACAAGCAGUAUUUCUUACUGUGAAUUACGAAAAAUUG